AGGUGAGGCGAGGCCAUUCGCCGCCGCUUGCCAAAAGAGGGCCGUGUCCCUUUAAGACAUGUGAUACUUUACCGAGCCUGGGAUGUAUUGAAAUAGACUAUCGGCACUUGCCGUACUGUAUAGGCGAUCUGUGCUUUUCUACCUACAUCUGCUUUUAUUCCUCGCUGAGUGCCCUGGCGGGAGAGAGAGGCUGCUGUCUCAUUAAACAGCCCCGAUUCUCUUCUGUAAGUGCCCUGGAAGCUGCAAAUUAUCUCAAGAUCACUUCAAAGGUCUCAUCAAGCAGAAGGUGACGCUCGAAGAUGAUUUAAAGGUGAAAAUGACAGGCUUUCCACCCUUCCACCCUCGGCUACUUUUCUGACGAGCCUGUGCCAGACCGAGGCUGAGAAGGGAGAGCUCGGAUGCCUUCUUUACUCUUGGAAUAGCAUCGCCGACGCGCGCGAGAGAGACCCCCAAACCCAAGCGAAGCAAAGCAAAACAAACCAAGCCACCAUCCACUUUUGUUUUCUUCCUCCUGAAUAAAAGGAUUCCCGACCGAGAAGACCGAGGGUGACGCUGCUUCUUCCCCCAAUUUAUUGUAAUUCCCCCCUUGGGGUGCAGAUGGAUUUUAAAAAGUGCUAAGUCUUUCCAAUGAACGCUAAUAGAGCGCUCUGCUUGGGGUUGGAAGACUCAGAGAAUGGCCGUGGUCUCUGCAAUGUCCUGGGUCCUGUAUUUGUGGAUAAGUGCCUGUGCCAUGCUGCUCUGUCAGGGCUCCCUUCACCACACUUUUCAGCAGCAUCACCUGCACAGACCAGAAGGGGGAACGUGUGAAGUUAUAGCUGCACACAGAUGCUGCAACAAGAAUCGGAUUGAGGAGAGAUCACAAACAGUAAAGUGCUCCUGUCUACCUGGGAAAGUGGCUGGGACAACGCGGAACAGACCAUCAUGUGUUGACGCAUCAAUAGUCAUUGGGAAAUGGUGGUGUGAAAUGGAGCCCUGCCUAGAGGGUGAGGAAUGCAAGACAUUGCCGGACAAUUCAGGAUGGAUGUGCGCAACCGGCAAUAAAGUCAAGACCACCAGAAUUCACCCGAGAACCUAACAAAAAAUCUUCUGACAGCAGCCAGUGAAGGAUCCCCUGACAGAUAGAGGACAAAAAUCUUUAAACUUUAAACCAUCUCCAGCUUUUACAAGCCAAAUGGGAUUUUUUUAUUUGCACUUUAACUCUGUACCAGAGGAAACUACAGUGACUUGACUUGUGUGGAGUCAAAUACCCAAGGAAAAUAAUGCAUCAGAUUUGGCAACGGAGAAAAUGAGAGCGAGAGGGAAAGCAGUUCUUCAAGUUUCAUGAUCUUGAAAUAUGAACAACAAUCCUAUAAGGGUGGAUCUACAAAGUUUAUUUCUACCAGUACGAAGUAUAUAAAUAUAUAAGGUAUUUUGAAAUAAAGCCUGACUGUUUGAGAAACUGAGCAAAGCCACAUUUUGCUGCAAAUGCUUUGUAACCUUUUUUAAAAAUAAUUUUAAAAAAGCAAGAAAGUGUUUUGGAGAGGAAGGAGUCAGUAGAAAAAGAAUACAAACUAGGAUGACAAGUGAUAAAUGAAUUGGAAUGUUGCUUCUUUUUUCGUAUAAUGAUUAUGAUGUUUUCAACUGGACAUUCAAGGGAAUUCAAUUAUUCCAUCUUCCUGUGUUCUGGAGCCCUUUUUCUUUUUUUCUUCUCGUGCGACACUAGCAUGCUGGCUCUGCUUACAUUAACCGUUCUUUCUACUUCAUUGAUAAUGUAACACCAGUUCCAUGCUCUUCCAAGGACAUCUUUUGGAGGCAAUGGACUGGCCCACAGAGAAGAGAAAGACGUCUCUCUGCAUUUGAAAAGGCACGGACUCUACCCAGAAGUUGAAGUGGCAGGCCUUUGGCAGACCGCGGGAAAGCUUAUUAAAGAAGCACUGUACAUAUUAUUGUCUACAGACUUUGUAUAGCUGGUAUAGACAACCCUAGUAAAAACAGAAACAAAACUGAUCGCUAA